AUGAAGUUCUUCACCAUCAUCAGCGCCAUCCUCCUUGGUGCCUGUUCCCUGGUUGCGGCUCAAGACCUCAGCACAGCCAAGGAUUGCACCGAGUUCCAAAGCCUCUGUAAUCAGGCAUGCCAGAAAAUGUCCAAAGAGGAUGGCAAGGUAUCAAACUGCACCGACAAGCCCACUUCCGACAGCCGCUGCGACUGCCCCUAA